AUGGCGGGCGCCUCGGUGAAGGUGGCCGUGCGCGUGCGGCCCUUCAACUCCCGCGAAAUGAGCCGCGAGUCCAAGUGCAUCAUCCAGAUGUCGGGCAGCACCACGACUAUCCUGAACCCAAAGCAGCCCAAAGAGACACCAAAAAGCUUCAGCUUCGACUAUUCCUACUGGUCCCACACCACGCCCGCGGACAUCAACUAUGCGUCUCAGAAGCAGGUGUACCGCGACAUCGGCGAGGAGAUGCUGCAGCAUGCCUUCGAAGGCUACAACGUCUGCAUCUUCGCCUACGGGCAGACAGGGGCUGGAAAAUCCUACACCAUGAUGGGGAAGCAAGAGAAGGACCAGCAGGGCAUUAUCCCACAGCUCUGUGAGGACCUCUUCUCCCGAAUCAAUGACACCACCAACGACAACAUGUCCUACUCUGUGGAGGUGAGCUACAUGGAGAUAUACUGUGAGCGCGUGAGGGACCUGCUGAACCCCAAGAAUAAAGGCAACCUGCGGGUGAGGGAGCACCCCCUGAUGGGCCCCUAUGUUGAGGACCUCUCCAAGCUGGCUGUGACCUCCUACAAUGACAUCCAGGACCUCAUGGACUCUGGGAAUAAGGCCCGCACCGUGGCUGCCACCAACAUGAACGAAACCAGCAGCCGCUCCCACGCUGUGUUCAACAUCAUCUUCACUCAGAAACGGCAUGACGCCGAAACGGACAUCACCACUGAGAAGGUCAGCAAGAUCAGCCUGGUGGACCUGGCAGGGAGCGAGCGAGCGGACUCAACGGGCGCAAAGGGCACCAGACUAAAGGAAGGAGCAAACAUCAACAAGUCCUUGACCACACUUGGGAAAGUCAUCUCUGCCCUGGCUGAAAUGGAUUCGGGGCCGAAUAAGAACAAGAAGAAGAAGAAGACAGAUUUCAUCCCGUACCGGGACUCUGUGCUCACCUGGCUGCUCCGGGAGAACCUGGGGGGCAACUCCAGGACUGCAAUGGUUGCUGCUCUCAGCCCUGCUGAUAUCAACUAUGACGAGACCCUCAGCACUUUAAGAUAUGCCGACCGUGCCAAGCAGAUCCGCUGCAACGCUGUCAUCAAUGAGGACCCGAACAACAAGCUCAUCCGGGAGCUGAAGGACGAGGUGGCCCGCCUGCGUGACCUGCUCUAUGCCCAGGGCCUCGGGGACAUCAUUGACACCAACCCUGCUGCAGGAGGAUCCAAAUAUGUGUCCGACUUUGAGAACAAUAACAGUACCCCUAGAGUGGCUGAACUGAGUCAACGCCCUGACAAUCUCUCCACAGUGACCAAUGCCAUUGCCGGGAUCAGCCCCUCUUCCUCCCUGUCAGCCCUGUCCAGCCGGGCGGCCUCUGUCGCCAGCCUCCACGAGCGCAUCAUGUUUGCCCCAGGCAGUGAAGAGGCCAUCGAAAGGCUCAAGGAAACGGAGAAGAUCAUUGCUGAGCUGAACGAGACUUGGGAGGAGAAGCUGCGGAGGACAGAAGCCAUCCGGAUGGAGAGGGAAGCCUUGUUGGCCGAAAUGGGGGUGGCCAUGAGGGAGGACGGAGGCACCUUGGGUGUUUUCUCUCCUAAGAAGACACCCCACUUGGUCAACCUGAACGAAGACCCGCUCAUGUCGGAGUGCCUUCUCUACUAUAUCAAGGAUGGGAUAACAAGGGUUGGCCGGGAAGACGCAGAGAAGAGGCAGGACAUCGUUCUCAGCGGACACUUCAUUAAAGAAGAGCACUGCCUUUUCCGCAGCGACACGAGGAGUGGAGGGGAAGUAAUUGUGACCUUAGAGCCUUGUGAAGGCGCUGACACCUACGUGAACGGCAAAAAAGUGACGGAGCCCAGUGUCCUGCGAUCAGGAAACCGCAUCAUCAUGGGCAAGAGCCACGUGUUCCGCUUCAACCACCCCGAGCAGGCCCGACAGGAGCGGGAGCGGACGCCGUGCGCGGAGACGCCCGCGGAACCUGUGGACUGGGCCUUUGCGCAGCGAGAGCUGCUGGAGAAGCAGGGCAUCGACAUGAAGCAGGAGAUGGAGCAGAGGCUUCAGGAACUGGAGGACCAAUACCGGAAGGAGAGGGAAGAGGCCAAUUACCUUCUUGAGCAGCAGAGGCUGGACUAUGAGAGUAAACUGGAAGCUUUGCAGAAGCAAAUGGACUCCAGGUAUUAUCCUGAGGCCAAUGAGGAAGAAGAAGAACCUGAAGAUGAAGUGCAGUGGACCGAGCGGGAGUUCGAGCUAGCCCUCUGGGCCUUCAGGAAGUGGAAGUGGUACCAGUUCACCUCUCUCCGCGACCUGCUCUGGGGCAAUGCCAUCUUCCUAAAAGAAGCCAACGCCAUCAGCGUGGAGCUAAAGAAAAAAGUCCAGUUCCAGUUCGUGCUCCUCACAGACACGCUGUACUCGCCUCUCCCUCCUGACCUCCUGCCUCCUGAUGCUGCCAAGGACCGGGAGAAGCGGCCAUUCCCCCGUACCAUUGUGGCUGUAGAGGUGCAAGACCAGAAGAAUGGAGCAACGCAUUACUGGACGCUGGAAAAGCUCAGACAGCGCCUGGACCUGAUGCGUGAGAUGUAYGACCGUGCAGCCGAAGUGCCUUCUAGCGUCAUCGAGGACUGUGACAAUGUGGUGACAGGCGGAGACCCUUUCUAUGACCGCUUCCCGUGGUUCAGGCUGGUUGGCAGCUCUCCUCUUUUCAACACAUGCAUGAGCGAGCGCAUGGCUGAUCUCACCCCCUCCCCCACCUUCUCGAACCCCGACUCCGACAUCACCGAGCCUGCUGACGAGCAGCACGAGGGGCAGGAGGAGGAGGAGGAGGCGGAGGACCUGGAGGAAGACAUCUUUCCGGAGUGCCCGCUGUGUGAUGGCCGGGAUCCGUUUUACGACCGCUCCCCCCUGUUCAGUUUAGUAGGAAGGGCCUUCGUGUACCUCAGCAACCUGCUCUACCCCGUGCCUCUGGUCCACCGCGUCGCCAUCGUCAGCGAGAAGGGUGAAGUGAAAGGCUUCCUGCGCGUGGCCGUCCAGGCCAUCUCAGCGGAUGAAGAAGCCCCGGAUUAUGGUUCGGGUGUGCGGCAGUCGGGGACAGCGAAAAUAUCCUUUGAUGACCAGCACUUUGAGAAGUUUCAGUCCGAGUCCUGCCCCCCAGUAGGAAUGUCUCGCUCGGGAACCUCCCAGGAGGAGCUGCGAAUCGUCGAAGGACAGGGGCAGAUUAGUGACGUGGGUCCCUCUGCAGAUGAAGUCAACAACAACACAUGCGCAGUGACUCCAGAGGACCUUCUCUUGGAUAGUCCAGAGAAGUCUACGAUGGACGGGCCUCUGGAAGCAGCCUUGGAUCACCUGAAACUGGGCAGUAUAUUCACUUUCAGAGUCACUGUCCUCCAAGCUUCCAGCAUCUCAGCAGAAUACGCAGACAUCUUCUGCCAGUUCAACUUCAUCCAUCGCCAUGACGAGGCCUUUUCGACAGAACCCUUGAAGAAUACGGGGCGAGGGCCGCCUCUGGGUUUCUACCACGUCCAGAACAUUGCCGUAGAGGUGACCAAGUCUUUCAUUGAAUACAUCAAGAGCCAACCGAUUGUGUUCGAAGUAUUUGGGCAUUAUCAGCAGCAUCCCUUCCCACCUCUCUGCAAGGAUGUCCUGAGCCCGCUGAGGCCGUCGCGGCGCCAUUUCCCCCGUGUCAUGCCGCUCUCCAAACCAGUGCCUGCAACGAAACUGAGCACUAUGACCCGYCCCAGUGCUGGGCCUUGCCAGUGCAAGUACGAUCUGAUGGUCUUCUUCGAGAUCUGCGAGCUGGAGGCCAACGGCGACUACAUCCCYGCUGUUGUGGACCACCGUGGAGGCAUGCCGUGCCACGGGACCUUCCUGCUCCACCAGGGUAUUCAGAGGAGAAUCACCGUCACCUUGGUGCAUGAGACAGGCAGUCUUAUCCACUGGAAGGAAGUGCGAGAGCUCGUUGUAGGUCGCAUCCGGAACACCCCAGAAGCAGACGAGUCUCUCAUUGACCCCAACAUCUUGUCCCUGAACAUCCUGUCGUCUGGCUACAUCCGCCCCUCGCAGGAUGACCGGACGUUCUACCAGUUCGAGGCAGCCUGGGACAGCUCCAUGCACAACUCGCUGCUGCUCAACCGCGUCACCCCGUACCGGGAGAAGAUCUACAUCACGCUGUCGGCAUACAUCGAGAUGGAGAACUGCACCCAGCCCGCUGUCAUCACCAAGGACUUCUGCAUGGUCUUCUACUCGCGGGACGCCAAGCUGCCCGCAUCCCGCUCCAUCCGCAACCUCUUCGGCAGCGGGAGCUUGCGGGCUGCAGAGAGCAACCGCGUGACGGGCGUCUAUGAGCUGAGCCUGUGCCGUGUGGCGGACGCUGGCAGCCCAGGCAUGCAGCGGCGGCGCCGGCGCGUGCUCGACACCUCCGUGGCCUACGUGCGCGGGGAGGAGAACCUGGCCGGCUGGCGGCCCCGCAGUGACAGCCUCAUCCUUGACCACCAGUGGGAGCUGGAGAAGCUCAGCCUCCUGCAGGAGGUGGAGAAGACAAGGCACUACCUGCUCCUGCGYGAGAAGCUCGAGACAACGCAGCGGCUGGGCCUCGAGAGCCUCUCGCCCUGCUCCAGCGAGGACUCCGAGUCCCGUAGUGCCUCGUGCGUCUCCUCGCCACUCUCCGCCGAUGGGGCCCCGGAGAGCAGGGCCUCUCCCCCCGAGACCCCCAGUGAGCGGCAGAAGGAGCUGGCUGUGAAGUGCUUGCGUCUGCUCACACACACGUUCAACAGGGAGUACAGCCACAGCCACGUGUGCAUCAGCGCCAGCGAGAGCAAGCUGUCCGAGAUGUCGGUGACCCUGAUGAGAGACCCUUCCAUGUCUGCCCUCGGCGUUACCACGCUCACCCCGUCUUCGACCUGCCCGUCCCUGGUGGAGGGGCAUUACAACGCCAUGGAGGUCAGGACUCCGCAGGUCGCCUUCAGGGCAGAGAGCCCUGAGCUAGAGCCUACAGUGGAAGGAGAGCAGAAGAAGUCCCCGGCCCGCCGACCUGAGGAGGAGAAGGAGCCCCAGCGCCUGUUGGUGCCCGACAUUCAGGAGAUCCGUGUCAGCCCCAUCGUCUCCAAGAAGGGCUACCUGCACUUCCUGGAGCCCCACACCAACGGCUGGGUGAAGCGCUUUGUGGUGGUGAGGCGCCCCUACGUCUACAUCUACAACUCGGACAAGGACUCCGUCGAGAGGGCCAUCCUCAACCUGUCCAAGGCCCAAGUGGAGUACAGCGAGGACCAGCAGGCCAUGCUCAAGACCCCGAACACGUUUGCGGUGUGCACGGAGCACCGGGGCAUCCUGCUGCAGGCGAGCAGCGACAAGGACAUGCACGACUGGCUCUACGCCUUCAAUCCGCUCCUGGCUGGAUCCAUAAGAUCCAAGCUUUCCAGAAGGAGAACAGCCCAGAUGAGAAUCUAACCUGAGAAGCACCCUCCACCUCAUCCAUCUGCCAACGGGAUCAAGAUCUGUCCCAAGAGUCCCCAUGUUAAUGUCUGGUCUCUCACACCAUCUGCUGCCCCAGCUCUCUGCUCCAUGGAAGGAUCUGUCUCAAUUUUACACCUUCACGGGGGAAACUCAUUUCUGUUUGUAGCUGCAAAAGCCUGGCCCCGCCUGGGCAGGAUUUCUUGGGUGCAUGUGAUCCUCUGCCCGUCCCCCUCAUGGGUGACCUUCAUGUCAUGCAACCUAUUACACUCCACAGAGGUUCCUUUUGGAGGGAAGAGAGCAAAGAGGGUAGUUUUGGUUAAAAAUUGGUCUUUGGUCCACGGAGGAUAGGAGUGUUGGUGAGGUCAGAGGUUGGAAACCAGGAGGAAUUGCUUCCACGGGAAGGGAASAAAAUGAUAGCUCAGUUCUGGGGAUUUCCUAACUUAUUCACGUUUCUGCAGAAGUCGGCCAGGUGAAAUCAGGUGCCAGUAGGUUGUCCAGAUUAUAUUUAUAAAGUAUUUAUUUCUAUCGACUUCCUAGAGUCCCCCAGGCCGGGGUGGUCCCGCUGCACUGGGCAGGGCAGGGCAGAGCCGCGGAGGCCCGGAGAGGCCCGUGCCGGCAGCGGCACCGCACAAGCCCCGGCGCCGCCGCACUGUCUUCCCRAGCCAGGCGAUUCCUACCUGCCCCCCCUUCCCCGUCUACCUCUGCAGGGGGCCCCUCACCGGGGCUUCGGCUUCUUCUGCGCCCAGUGCCUGAAAAACGGGAGCUGGGGCCCCGGGGGUGGCUCUCGCAGAGCUGUGGCCGCGACGCAGGGCAGGGCCCUCCGCUGCUCGCCCCGUCCUGGGCUGCGCCCCGGCGAGGCUGCAGCAGCCCCGGCUCUGCAGGCGAGAGGGCUGCRGCCAGGGGGCUCUUUCCCCAGGUCCGUAGGGAUAUUCCCUGGGAUUCGGAGCUUCCUCCUUGGCCYGGCCGGCUCCUGGCUGCCCUUUGCCAAGAGGCCCCUUAUGGUCCCUGCUCCUCCUUGAAGGAGGGAGAGGCUCGGAGCACAUGCAACCGGCAGUGGAGAGGGUGAGGAGGGGGGAAGCAGAGACAGAGAGGUUGUGGCUUCUUUUUACUUUUGUAGCUGGCAUUUUCUUACUCUCUUCCCCCUGUCCCGGAGGCCAAGGGCCACCUUCCAGGGCAGCCCCUGUAGGUGCCCGGAGCAGCCGUGCUGGCUUGGGAGACCUUCCCGCAGCAGAGGGGGCUUCACUAACACGGCCUCCUCCUCCUGGGGGGACACCUCACUGCCCCCCUUCUCACGUCCCCCGCUUCAGCAGCUUGUCUUGUUGGUUGUUUUGCCGGGUGUGUGUAGAGGGGGACACUUCCCUUCAGGGACACUUUCCGCAGAGCAGCUAGUUGUGUCCCGUGCGACUCCGGGCAGGAAUUUACCUUUCUCCGCACGCCCCUGGGGCCCAUUCCGCAGGGGCCCCCUGCUUUGCUGUCACGCAUUCACAGCUGACCUUAAUUUGCACAGCACGGCUGCGCCUUGCCUCUCCGUGGCACAUCUCCACGCUGUCCGUUGUGUGUUGGGUGCUGUGUGUGUGGUUCCGAGUGCAGGUUCUCUCCCUGUGCUGUUUUCUCCUCCGGGACGCUCGUGGGACRGCGGCGCAGGGCACCGGUGACACCCUCCCCGUUGCCUCCGCGCCGCACUGGCCGGGCAGCGCUUAGCCGAGCUCCCUGCGGUCCCUCCCCGAGCCCUUCCGUGCUCGUGCGCAGCCGCGCUGUGGCGGUCCAUUCCCGUGCGCUCAGCCUCGGGAUCCCGCUGUGCCCCCAUGGCGGUGCCGCCCCUGCUCCGCCAGGCAGGGAGCAGCGCCGUCAUGCCUGGUCCUCCCGGUUUAGCCUUUCGCUGCCCGUUUCGUUGGAUGCCUGGAGGUCAAUUUGUGUCCCUUAACGAAGCAGAAGGGCCCACGGCCCCUGUGUCUGCCAGGCACCAGACACGGCUUC